CUAAGGUGAUGAUCGAUAUGGAACACAUGGGAACUACUACAAGCUGCCAAACUCAUGGAGCUUGUAAGGAGCUUAUAGACAGAUUCAGUGAUCUUCCGGAUGAAAUUGCUCAUCACAUUCUUUCCUUCCUGACUUUAAGAGACCUUACUCGGGUGAGCUGUGUGUCCGAAAGAUGUAUAAAGCUUUAUCUCUCACUUCCGUCAUUGAAUUUUGAUACAAGCGGUGGUGAAAGAUUAUCCACGUGGAAAGGGGACAUUCUUAAAUGGCCCUCCUCUUCUGCUUGUUUUCCUAAUCUCCGAGUCUUGAAGUUGAGAAAGUUCAAAAUACAAGGAGAGGAGUGUUUUUGCAAAUGGAUCUUAUGUUCGUGCAAAACCCUUAAGGAAUUACAUCUUGAAGAAGUUCGCGGGAUAAAAUAUAUGACGAUUGAAAGCUAGUCUUUGGAAUCGUUUUGUUUUGUGCAUCAUUUUCAGAGUGAAUUAUGCCAUCUCAAGGUAUCAGGUCAGAAAAUUGAAGAUAUGUUGAAGGAAAAUCAACCAAAUCUUAAAUAUUUGAAAUGGGGUGGGAGUUUGAUGGAUCAUACGAAUCUGGGGGGUCUAAUGUACCUAGAAAAAGCUGAGAUUUUUCUAGAGCCUACGGAAGAGGACUCUGUGAAAGUUCUAUUCAGGAAACAUUCCAUCCCAUCACUUUUUGCCAAUAUUUCUCACUUGCAUAUCUGUAUUACGAGUUUGAGUGAUGACUUAAUUCCUGCAAUGGCAUCCACAUAUAGUAUGAGUUACUGGAUAUCCCAAAACCUUGCCUGUAUUUAUCGGCUUGAGGAGGUGAGAAUAGAGCUUUCUGGUGCCAACGAAAGGGAAUUUGCAUGGUAUAUACUUGAGCAUGCUAAGAAUUUGAAGAAAUUGAUCAUUCUUCAUUCACCAUCACAAGCACAUGCUGUAUGGUUCUUAAGGAAAAGAAGAAGCGUUUCCGCUGCCACGGUUGUCUUCCAGAAUAAAUAUAGCAGUUGGUGA